CUUGCCCAUCUUUGUCUUCUACUACGAUUUCUUCAAGUCUACUGAAAGCCCAAAUCUCGAGCUCGAGUUUAGCACGCUGUAGCUCAGCCUUUAUCACGAUCUGCCGGAAACAGCCCUCUCCGUCGGCGAUGUUGGCUGUGAAACCAUCACAGCAACAAGCAUCUACUUUCACCUUCUGCACUCUCCGAGGCUCUCUUCUCGCUCUCGCUAUCCUGACCCUAGUCUCCUUCACCUACCUCUCUCUCAACUCCAUCCUCUCUCCCUCUCUCCAAUCCGCCACCAAUUCUCCUCGCUUUCAACCUUCUACGGUAAUCACGUUGGAUAGUGAUGAUGUUUCAGGAUCAUUACUAUCGUCCCCCGGGAACGAGGAGUAUUCGGACGUGUUUCACUCGCCGGAGGUGUUCAGAUUGAGCUAUGCGGAGAUGGAGAGGAAAUUUAAGGUGUAUAUAUAUCGGGAUGGCGAUCCGAAGACGUACUACCAGACGCCGAGGAAGCUGACAGGGAAGUAUGCUAGUGAGGGCUACUUCUUUCAAAAUAUCAGGGGGAGUAAGUUCGUUACGGAUGAUCCGGAUCAGGCUAACUUGUUCUUCAUUCCAAUCUCUUGUCAUAAGAUGCGAGGGAAGGGUACAUCCUAUGAAAACAUGACCAUAAUUGUCCAGAACUAUGUUGAGAGCUUAAUAGCAAAGUACCCAUACUGGAAUAGAACCCUAGGUGCAGAUCACUUUUUUGUUACUUGCCAUGACGUUGGUGUAAGGGCAACUGAAGGACUUCCAUUGCUCAUAAAGAACUCAAUUCGUGUUGUGUGUUCCCCAAGCUAUAAUGUUGGGUAUAUUCCACACAAAGAUGUUGCUCUUCCACAAGUACUUCAGCCAUUUGCCCUUCCAGCUGGAGGAAAUGAUGUGGAAAACAGGACAAGUUUGGGAUUCUGGGCAGGCCAUAGGAAUUCUAAAAUCAGGGUUAUCUUGGCCCGUGUAUGGGAAAAUGACACAGAGCUUGAUAUUUCUAACAACAGAAUUAAUAGAGCUGCUGGACCUCUACUCUACCAAAAGAGAUUUUACAGGACAAAGUUCUGCAUAUGUCCUGGUGGCUCUCAGGUUAACAGUGCUCGGAUAGCAGACUCCAUACACUAUGGCUGUAUUCCUGUGAUAAUGUCUGAUUAUUAUGACUUGCCAUUCAGUGACAUUCUUGAUUGGCAUAAAUUUUCGGUAAUACUCAGGGAGAAAGAUGUCUUUGAGCUAAAGCAAAUUCUCAAGAACAUAACCCAGGAAGAGUUUGUGAGUUUGCAUAAUAAUUUAGUAAAGGUUCAGAAGCACUUCCAGUGGAAUUCACCUCCCAUCAAACUUGAUGCUUUCCAUAUGGUCAUGUAUGAACUCUGGUUACGCCACCAUAUGAUCAAGUAUUAAACUGCAACUUAGCAUAUUAAACUUGCAUUUCAUACUCGUACCCAGACAGUUGCUGCCUUGCAGUUUCAAGUUGUAAUUAACGACAUGAGAGUAACUCAUUUUCACCUGCUUUAGAUUAGUUAUUAUUAUUAUUAAUUAAUUUUGGAGGUAGUUGUGCAAUGUAUGAACCAAUAGCAGAUCUAUCGAGGUCAAAUUUUUGUCAUAUUUUGAGUUCUAGUUGUACUUAAUGAGGAACCUUUUAACUUUUAAUAGAUGCAAGUUGAAAAUU